GGUUAGUAUCACGAUAGAGUUAUCACGACAAUCUUCUAUGAAUAAAACCUGAGAAGUAUCUGCAUUAGUAUUGAAUUGGAACUGCUCCUAUGAAUGCAAACUCAGCCACGCCGAAGACUCCGUCGCCGGUGUUCUUAUCCGACGAUCUCAUCACCGAGAUUAUUUCCUUACUUCCUGUUAAACCUCUUCUUAGAUUCAAGUGUGUAAGUAAUUCUUGGAACACUCUCAUUUCCAGUCCUACUUUUGUGAAAUUGCAUCUCAAAAGAUCAGCAACAUCAUCAAAUACACAAUUCACAUUAAUCACUAAUCACAUUAAGUGUAUAUUUAAGGACGAAGAUUGGAGUAUCAUUCCAUACCCUAUAAAUAGUUUAAUCGAUAAUCCGUCUGCUACCUUUGUUGCUGAUUCUCAUUAUCUUUUAAAUUUAAAGGAUAAAGAAUGGUCUAUGGCUGGUUCCUGCAAUGGAUUGAUCUGUCUCGUUGGUUAUCGUUUCAAUAAUAGGGUUAAUAAACUUCAAGACUACUGGUUGCAAUUAUGGAACCCAGCCACUAGAAAAAUAUCUAGAAACAUAGGCUAUUUUCGUGAUUCAGAAGGUUUCGUCUUCAAUUUUGGUUGGGAUGAUUCAACGGGCACAUUUAAAGUGGUUGCGUCGCGCUUCAUUCGUGAUGGACAUACAAGUGAGGUGAGAGUUUUCACUGUUGGUGACAAUGUUUGGAGAAAUAUUGAAAAGUUCCCUGUUGUUCCUCUUGGGUUGGAGUGGCACGGACGACGGAUAGAUAAGGAAUAUGAAUAUGGCUGUGUGUUUUUAAAUACCACUUUUAACUGGUUGGCUAUUCACAAGGACAUCGGGUUCAAUUGGACUUAUUAUGUAACGGAUAUGACUUUUGAGGACCUUGUUAUUGUUUCGCUCGAUCUGGGGACGGAGACAUACAAUUCGUAUCGGUUACCUCCCGAAGAGCUGCCGCUCGAAGAGCCAACUAUCGGUAUGUUGGAGGAAUGUCUUUGUUUAUGUUAUUCUUAUCCAGGGACUAAUAUUAUUAUAUGGCAAAUGAAGAAAUUUGGGGUUGAAGAGUCUUGGAUUCAAUUUCUUAAAAUCAGUUCUAACAAUCUUCAACAUUGUUCAUUCUUGCCAUUGUUUCUUUCUAAGGACGGUGAUACAUUGGUACUGUGCAGUUGUCAUGAUGAGGAAGCAAUUCUUUAUAAUUUGAGAGAUGAUAGUAUGCAGCGAAUAGAAGUUAAAGUGCACAAAACUAUCAUUGAUGAUGAAACUUGCAAUUGGUUAAAGUUGACCCUGGCCCAGCGUUAUGUUGAAAGCUUGAUUUCGAUUUGUUGAAACUUUCUUGGUUGCUGGUGGAAGAAACUGUCAAGAAUCACUCUAGAUGCUUCACUCUAGAUGCUUCGGUUCGAUAAAUACUUUGGCAUGGCAACAUUGUACUGAAAAGCAUCAAGGAUCAAGCUGCAAACAUGGCAUGAUCUUACUCGGUGGAAUCAGAUUUUGCUUAUAUCUAAUGAAGAUUGUGGAAGCCCUGGAAAUCUAUGCUUCAAGAGAAGUAAUAUAGUUUCUUAAGUACUCGCAAACAGUCUUUCAAAUGUUUAUGUCAGUAGAUAAAUUCAAACGUUUCUUAAUUCUUUUGACAUAACUUAGGUAUGGCUUCAAUAUAGCUUUCAGGAUUUCAAUUUCUGAUAUAGUUUGAGCAUUCAUAGUCAUUGUUGCUAUAAGUAUUUGAUUCACACAAUCUUUCUGAUACUUCAAAAACCUUUUUUUUCAUUAUCAGAUAA